GUCCCGGGCCGGGCAGUGCAAGGCAGGCGGGACCGCCGCGGGGGCCAUGACCGUGGAGCAGAAUGUGCUGCAGCAGAGCACGGCGCAGAAGCACCAGCAGACAUUUUUGAAUCAGCUGAGAGAAAUAACUGGGAUUAAUGAUACCCAGAUACUGCAACAAGCCCUGAAGGAUAGUAAUGGAAACUUGGAGUUAGCAGUGGCUUUCCUCACUGCAAAGAAUGCCAAGACCCCUCCACAGGAGGAGACAGCCUAUUACCAGACAGCACUUCCAGGCAACGAUAGAUACAUCAGUGUGGGAAGCCAAGCAGAUGCAAGACAAAAACAGUAUAUGUCCACCAGAGCAAGAUGCACCCCAGUUGAGCAAUCAAAAUAUGGAUCAAAAGAUAAGAGGGAUUUGGAUGUGAUCGAUCUCACUGGAGAUGACAAAGAUGAUCUGCAGAGGGCGAUUGCUUUGAGCUUGGCCGAAUCAAAUAAGGCAUUCAGGGAGACUGGAAUAACCGAUGAAGAACAAGCCAUCAGCAGAGUUCUUGAAGCCAGCAUAGCAGAGAAUAAAGCAUGUUUGAAGAGAACACCUACAGAAGUUUGGAGGGAUUCUCGAAAUCCUUAUGAUAGAAAAAGACAAGACAAAGCUCCAGUUGGGCUGAAGAACGUCGGCAACACGUGCUGGUUUAGUGCUGUUAUUCAGUCAUUAUUCAAUCUUUUGGAAUUUAGAAGAUUAGUUCUGAAUUACAAGCCUCCAUCAAACGCUCAAGAUUUACCCCGAAACCAAAAGGAACAUCGGAAUUUGCCUUUUAUGCGGGAACUGAGGUAUCUCUUUGCACUUCUGGUUGGUACCAAGAGGAAAUAUGUUGACCCAUCUAGAGCAGUUGAGAUUCUGAAGGAUGCCUUCAAAUCCAAUGACUCACAGCAGCAAGAUGUGAGCGAGUUUACACACAAGUUGUUAGAUUGGUUAGAAGACGCCUUUCAAAUGAAAGCUGAAGAGGAAACGGAUGAAGAGAAGCCAAAGAACCCUAUGGUAGAGUUGUUCUACGGAAGAUUCCUAGCCGUGGGAGUGCUUGAAGGAAAAAAAUUUGAAAACACUGAAAUGUUUGGUCAGUAUCCACUUCAGGUCAACGGGUUCAAAGACCUGCAUGAGUGCCUAGAAGCUGCGAUGAUUGAAGGAGAGAUUGAAUCUUUACAUUCAGAUAAUUCAGGAAAAUCGGGUCAAGAGCAUUGGUUUACUGAGCUGCCUCCUGUGUUAACAUUUGAACUGUCAAGAUUUGAAUUUAAUCAAGCAUUGGGAAGACCAGAAAAAAUUCACAAUAAAUUAGAAUUUCCCCAAGUUUUAUAUCUGGACAGGUAUAUGCACAGAAACAGAGAAAUAACAAGAAUUAAACGUGAAGAGAUCAAAAGACUUAAAGAUUACCUCACAGUAUUACAACAAAGAUUAGAGAGAUAUUUAAGCUAUGGUUCCGGUCCCAAAAGAUUCCCUUUGGUAGAUGUUCUACAGUAUGCAUUGGAAUUUGCCUCGAGUAAACCUGUUUGCACCUCUCCGGUUGAUGAUAUUGAUGCUAGUUCCUCAACUAGUGGCUCCAUACCAUCCCAGGCUUCACCAAGCCCAACAGAACAGCAGGGAACCCCUGCUUCAGAACCGCCCAGCUCAGCACCUGCAGCAGGUGCUGCCCUGUCACUGAGGACAGUGAUACACAAACCAUUCACUCAGUCUCGGAUACCUCCAGAUUUACCCAUGCAUCCGGCACCAAGGCACAUAACAGAAGAGGAACUGUCUGUGCUAGAGAGCUGUUUACAUCGCUGGAGGACAGAAAUAGAAAAUGACACACGAGAUCUGCAGGAAAGCAUAUCCAGAAUCCACCGAACCAUUGAACUUAUGUACUCUGACAAAUCCAUGAUCCAAGUCCCUUAUCGCCUUCAUGCUGUUUUAGUUCACGAAGGUCAGGCCAACGCCGGGCACUAUUGGGCAUAUAUUUUUGACCAUCGUGAAAGCAGAUGGAUGAAGUACAAUGAUAUUGCUGUGACCAAGUCAUCAUGGGAAGAGCUAGUAAGGGACUCUUUUGGUGGUUAUCGAAAUGCCAGUGCUUACUGCUUGAUGUACAUAAAUGACAAGGCACAAUUCUUAAUACAAGAGGAGUUUAAUAAAGAGACUGGGCAGGCCCUUGUUGGACUAGAAACAUUGCCACCAGAUUUGAGAGAUUUUGUUGAGGAAGACAACCAACGAUUUGAGAAGGAACUUGAAGAAUGGGAUACGCAACUUGCACAAAGAGCAUUGCAGGAAAAGCUUUUAGCCGCUCAAAAACUGAGGGAGGCGGAGUUUUCGGCAGCUACAGCACAAGCAGGAGGAGCAGACUAUCUAGAGCAGCCACCAAGGAGUGACUUCUCAAAACACUGGAAAGAAGAAACCGUCCGAGUGAUCACCAAAGCAGCCCAUGAGCACGGAGAUAAAGGGCCUGAGACAGUUUUACAGUCGAAUCCUGAAAAUGCCACAAGCCAGCCACCUUCUAGCCAGCAAGUUGUAGAGGUGGCGAUCCCUCACAUAGGGAAGCUUAUGGUUGAGUCAAAGGAGGGAGGGUAUGAUGACGAGAUCAUGAUGACACCCAGUAUGCAAGGUAUUAUCAUGGCGAUAGGUAAAUCCAGGAGUGUGUAUGACAGGUGUGGUCCUGAAGCAGGGUUCUUUAAGGCAAUUAAAUUGGAAUAUUCAAGAUUGGUUAAGUUGGCUCAAGAAGAUACCCCACCAGAAACAGAUUACCGUUUACAUCAUGUCCUGGUCUAUUUUAUCCAGAACCAAGCGCCAAAGAAAAUCAUUGAGAAAACAUUACUCGAACAAUUUGGAGAUAGAAAUUUGAGUUUUGAUGAAAGGUGUCACAACAUAAUGAAAGUUGCCCAAGCCAAACUGGAAAUGAUCAAACCUGAAGAAGUAAACUUGGAGGAAUAUGAGGAGUGGCAUAAAGAUUAUAAGAAAUUCAGAGAAACAACUAUGUAUCUCAUUAUUGGGCUAGAAAAUUUCCAGAGAGAAAGUUAUAUAGACUCCUUGCUGUUCCUUAUCUGUGCUUAUCAGAAUAACAGAGAGCUCUUGUCAAAGGGUCCUUACAGAGGGCAUGAUGGAGAGUUGAUUUCGCAUUACAGAAGGGAGUGUUUACUGAAAUUAAAUGAGCAAGCAGCAGAGAUGUUCGAGUCUGGAGAGGACCGAGAAGUGAACAAUGGCUUGAUUAUUAUGAAUGAGUUUAUCGUUCCUUUCUUGCCCUUGUUGCUGGUGGAUGAAAUGGAAGAGAAAGACGUCCUUGCUGUGGAAGAUAUGAGGAAUCGAUGGUGUUCGUACUUAGGGCAAGAGAUGGAAUCAAACCUUCAAGAAAAGCUGACGGAUUUUCUGCCAAAACUGCUUGAUUGUUCUACCGAGAUUAAAGGUUUUCAUGAGCCUCCAAAGUUACCUUCCUAUUCCGCGCAUGAACUCUGUGAGAGAUUCGCCCGGAUCAUGCUGUCCCUCAGUCGCACUCCUGCUGAUGGAAGAUAAACUGCCCAGAGUUCUCACACACUAUAGAAGCUCUUUCUUACCCCAUCUUCCUGUCACAGGAUUUGCUUGCUGCUGCUAGAGUUUUUAACUUUUUAUUUUAAUAACUGCAAAAGACAAAGCGACUAUGCCAACCUUAAUCAGACUGCAAACAAUAAAGCCGAGAAUCGCAUGGCAUUCAGACUUUGUUUUAUCUGGAACAGAUAUAUAAUUACAAAUCAAUUGAUUUCUUGUGGUGAAACUAUGUUUUUGCCACCUUCUAUUGCAGUAUUGCCUCUCCAUUUUCCUAUCAACAGCUUUCCAUUUAGUCUGGAUUUCCAAGACUAAGCCAUUAAAGUGUUCAACACUGUGUAUGAUAUAUAAUAUUUGGUAGCUUGUAAAUGAAAUCAAAGAAUAAAGUUUUAUUUAUGGCUA